AUGCAUCAUUGUUCGCUACUGAUUGCGUUCCUGUUCUGCCUCGACCGUGCUACAUGGUUGGAAGGCGCCGGUGUCCACAAUUGGUCCUCGAUAUUUAACCAAAAGCCGUCAAAGAACUGGGUUGUCCUUGUCGCCGGGUCGAACACAUGGGAAAAUUAUCGGCAUCAAGCGAACGUUUACCACGCGUAUCAAGUCGUGCGUAAAAACAAAGUUCCAGCGGAGAAUAUAAUCACCUUCGCCUACGACGAUAUUGCAAACAACCCCAAGAAUCCGUUCAAAGGCGAAGUGUUCCAUGACUACGAGCACGAAGAUGUUUACAAGGGUGUGGUAAUUGACUACCGUGGAAAAGACGUCAAGCCGGAUAUCUUCGUGAAAGUACUGGAAGGCGAUAAGAACCUUGAAAAAGAAGGGAAGAAUGUGUUAAAAAGCGGUCCUGAUGACAACGUUUUCAUCUACUACACUGGCCAUGGUGCGCCUCACUAUAUUACCUUCCCUGAGGGAAGUCUCGCUGCCACGGAAUUGAACGGUAUCCUCGUCAAAAUGCAUACAAACAAAAAGUAUAACAAGUUGGUGAUUUACAUGGAUUGUUGCUACUCUGGUUCUAUGUUUCGCGGUAUUCUUUCUCCAGAUGUGGGAAUGAUCCACGUGUUCUCUUGUGUAACCCCUCCCACCGAAAAAACUGCAGUCUUUGUGACAACGUCAGCCAAAGAAAAUGAAGAAAGCUGGUCUAUUAAUUGCAAUGACAAGCGAGUCGGUGUUUGUCUAGCAACCGAGUACUCGUAUGGUUGGAUUACAGAUUCGGAAUACAAAGACUUGAAAAAGCGUACACUGUAUCAACAGUACGAUGAGGUGAAGAGGAGGACCAAAUAUAGCAAUGUGAUGAGAUACGGUGAUAUGGAGAUGGGAAGGCUGCCAGUUGGAAAGUUCCAAGGUCAUUAUGAUCUAUUAACGCACCGGAAUGAUGUGGCAAUAUCACCUAAUGUUGUAGAUAUAAAACCCUCUUCUCGGGUGCAUUUGUCCUCAAUGUCUCGACGCCUGAUGGAGGCCGCUACCGAGGAAGAACACGAAACUGCUGGGCGAAACCUGCACCGUGCACUUCAGCUUGGCCACAUCGUCAAGGAAACGUUUCACGACAUCGUCAUGGAUGUGACAACCCACCAUAAGCCAAAGGGCUUACCCAAGAGGGAUGAGGUCAUAUGUUUCGAGGCCGUAUUCGAUCAAUUCCAGACGCACUGCUUCACAAUUCAGCAG